AUGUCUUCCACCAGCGACUACACGCCCGUCUAUCAUCAGGGAGAUCCUGGCACCGGUAUUGGUGGCUACGAUCUCAAGUCGAGCGCGGACACGGCGUUCGCUUUCGACUAUGACUCUUCCGGCAAGCUCGACCACAUCGUGCUGUACCGCCCAGGCACCGGCACCUGCUGGAUCCUGAAGAAAGGCGAAAACGGCGUCUGGUCCCCGGUAUAUCAUCAAGGAGAUCCCGGAAACGGUAUUGGGGGUUAUGAUCUCAAAUCCCCUGACGACAGGAUUAUUCCUUUCGACUAUGACCACUCCGGCAAAGCCGACCAUCUAGUCUGCUACCGCCCGGGCACGGGCACGAUAUGGAUCUUGAAGAAUCGCGGCGGGAUGUUCAGUGCUGUGUAUGCCGGGGAAAGCGGUAUUGGGGGAUACGACUUGAAGUCCAAAGACGAUCUCUGCUUUGCUUACGACUAUGACAGGUGCGGCAGGGUGGAUUAUCUCGCACUCUACCGCCCUGGCACGGGCACCUUUUGGAUUUUGAAGCACGAGUCAGGCAAGUUCACCGCUGUCUAUAACCAGGGUGAUCCUGGCAAGGGCAUUGGUGGCUACGAUCUCAAGUCCCCCGCUGAUCGUGCCUUCGCUUUUGAUUGGGAGGGCAGCGACAAGCUGGACUCUAUCGUGUUGUAUCGUCCGGGAACAGGCACAAUAUGGAUUUUGCGGAGGGAGGGGACGGAUUUCACACCCGUGUAUCAGCAAGGAGAUCCCGGGCAGGGAAUUGGAGGAUACGAUCUGAAAUCUGCCCGGGAUAUAUGCUUCCCAUUCGCCCACAACCUCGGAAAGAAGCUGAACGAGCUCGUCUUGUAUCGCCCUGGUACUGGCACCUUGUGGAUCGUGAAGAAGGAAGGCACCCAUUCUACGCCGGUCUACCGCCAGGGUGAUCCUGGCCUUGGUAUAGGCGGUUACGACCUGAAAUCUCCCGCCGACAGAUGCUUCGCGCUCGACUACAAUUCUAAUGGCAACCCCGACCAUCUCGUGCUGUACCGUCCUGGAACCGGCACUAUUUGGAUCCUGAGGAGGGUAGUCUAG